AUGGAAAUAGCUGUUAAUUAUUACGAGCAAUGGCUUGAAGAUUCCUCAUUAUAUGGAGAUAUCAAGUGUCAAAACAAAUAUAUGCGCUGUAUUAUCAAGCAGCUUUCCCAACCAUUCGCAAUGCGCGAACCACGAAAUUCCACUACAUUCCAGCAGCAGUUUUUACCACUUUUGAUGAGAAUCCUUACCAAUUAUGAUACAUUCAUUGUCAACCGUGGUAAAGAGUUCGAAUUAGAUACCUGGAUCGUUUUAUUAAAUACAGUUAUCGGUAUCACGGAUUACGUCAUUAAAUUCUCACUCGCUCCUCUUUGCCCAGAAGAUAAGAUCUCAGAAUUCCGUCAGAAGGCCGUCAACCUUGUUUUUAACACCAUUUUAUUCUCCGGAAUUGAAGAUGCUACACAUUGGGAACGUGUUGUUAAAUACUGCCACAGAUGGAGCAACAACAAUGAUUUCAUCACAGUUUGGGGAGUUCGUACGAACGAACUCUGGAAAUACUUCAACCUCAUCACAUUUAAGCUCCCAGUUGAAGAUAUUCCAAUCAAACAAGGUGUUUUUUCCGAAACGAAGAAGAUUUCGGACAAGGUCGAUUCAGAUUUCUUCCAUCAUGUCGUUACAUGUCUCGAUUAUUCUCAAAUUACAGAUAAGCCAGAGCUCUUGCUUACAGUUGCCAAGGCUAUCUCCGAGGCCAAGGACACAGCCAUCAAAGUUGCUGAGCAGACCUCUAAAACAAUCGAGAUCCACCGCUAUCCAGCUUAUUCUUUCCUCAAGCUCUUCGGCAAAUUCCUUACAUGCGCUCCAGUCUUAUCAGAGGCUUAUGAUCAAGCCAUUUCAAUCAACGUUAUCACAAUUCUCCAUAUUAUCUCAAAGUUCGAAUUCCACGAAGCAGAUUCCCUUAUUCCACGCUUCAUUGCCUACAUAACACAGCACGCUAACGAAAACCACGCUUCCGUAAUACUUUCCUUCCUUUCCCAGGCCACAAUCGCAUAUACUAACUGUGGCUCUGUUAUUCCAUACGUUUCCUCCAUCGCAUUGCAUCUCCUUGCCAAUGUCCAGAUCGCUAAGCAGACAGACAGCCAACUCACAGAAAAUAUUGUUUCAUUUUUCAUCUCUGCUGCUAACUCUACUGGCAAGGGAAUGGGCGCAAUCGAGAGCGCAUAUGAUCACCUACGUACUGUCUGCCCAAGUAUCGCAGAUCGCUACAGAUUACUCACUUCAUGCUCUACUACCGGAAUUGACAUCAUCAUGGCACUCAAGGAGUACUGCAAGAAGGAGAAGUUCAACCAGUACGUAACACCAAACAACUAUACAUUCAUCUGCUCAUUAAUUGCCUUAAUUGCUUCAAUCAUCAGAAACGAUCCAACAAUCCUCCAGAACGUUGGAUCCAUCGAUUCUAACAAGCCAAACUUCGACCGAAUCGUAUUACAGACACUUUUGAUGGUUUACGAGGUCAUCGAAUGGGCUCCAAGUGCUUUCCACCUCCAGGAGAACUCCAACGCCCUCUUCGAAUUCAUUUCCAUCAUCAACUCUACAAUACUCGGAGGAAGAUCUCAACGUUCCAGUACUUCCUUCAUCUCCAUCUCUCCAGACAAGGGCGCUCUCGAAAGUGCCAAGUCAAGCAAAUCCAACAAACACCGUCAAAACCACAUUUCGUAUCUUGUCUCCUCAAUUCAAGCGAGACUCGCACUCCAUUCCUCACCAAUCGAGCAUAUUACACGCAAGUUCUGCAACAGCCACAUGUUCUGCGAGCAGACAAUCAUCGAUCACCUCAAGAUCAAAGAUCCGAUAAUUCAUUACGUUACAGUUGGCUCGAACACCCUUAUCUCGUUCAUCGAGACCAAGGAGUGCAAGGACCCACUCGCCUUCUUCGCACGCGGACCAUUCGGAAAGGCCGCAUACAUGAUAGAAGACGAUUACUCGAACGGAAAGGCUCCAGAGCUCUCCGACGAGAUCCAGCCAACCAAGUUACCGAAGGCCGAAGCGAUCAAACCAGUCCCACUCGAGCUUUACGGCGAGGAACCGAAGAAUGUUCCAUAUCUCAGCCAGGCAGAGCUUACAUCUGUCGACGACAACCUCAGGAAGGUCUACAGCGAGGAGUUCUCCCAGUGGACUGACUGA